CACGCGGAUGUCUCAGUUCAGGCUGCCGCUUCCCUGCAUGGCAACAGGCGCGAGGGAUUCCCCCUCUCCCGGUCCGUCGCCUCUCUGUCUUCCCAUUCAAAUAUUAUAAUUCAAAGAGAGAUACUUCAGCGUUCAAAAGUCCGUGUGUCUGGCGGCGGCUGUCCGGCGCGCCCAUCAAGUGCAACAUGUCCUGGAUCCUGGUUUGAGACGCGGGGGCGCACGGAGCAGCAACUUUUACGCCCGGGGGAUAUUUAACCACGCAGCCCGCAAGGUGACACCGAGGACGGGACUCCACAUCCAGAUUCUCACUGAUGAGGCAACCUCCCAAUGACGUCGAGAUGGCUUUAGGCGGAACGCUUCUACCCUCCAUAUCCACGUUCGCCAGCGGCCCCUCCGUCAAGAGCACAUCCAUAGGAAGUGCCAAUUCAAGAUGGAAGGAGGAGUUGUCCCAUCUUAAGAGACCCAGCGUGCCAACCGGAAGCAACUGCACCGACCCAGACCAUCCCACUGCCACCAGCACAACAAGCCCCAGCAUGUCCAAGAAAGACAUAGAGCUAGACCUGGACUUGGACUAUGAUUUUAUACUGUCCAACUCCAUUCUUCAGCAGCAGCAGCAACAGCAACAGCAGCAACAGCAGCAGCAGCAGCAACAGCAGGAGGAGACCAUGGCGUGCUCCUCUGGCCAGGCCUCGUCUCCCUCCCCGGGCUCCUUCUCCUCUUCUUACCCUCUCCCCUCCCCUCAGGGCAAUUCCAGUGAGCUGCUCUACACCAUCCCAGACAUCAGUGAUGUUUCGCCCUCUGGAGGCUUCGUGGCGGAGCUGAUGAGGCCGGAGUUGGACCAGGCGUACCUGCACCCCACUAGCCUCCAUGGCAAGUUCGUGGUCAAGACAACAUUAGACAUGGGAGAGUACACCCAAGGCCUGACCGUGAGCAAGGCCUGCGUCAGCGCCGUGUCAGACCCAACUCCUUCGCGUGUCUCGCCGUCCUUUAUAUGCCACAGGAUAAAGCAGGAGAACCCCGGCAACUGCACCAUCUCACAGCCAAUUGACCUCCACCUGGGUGGGGUAAACUCUCACGGCAGAGGGGGCCAGCAGCAGCAGCGCCCCAGCCACUUGGACCUACACAGGUUCCCUGGCGGAGGGCGGCCCAUGACUGGCGGCAGGUUAUCGUCAUCCUCAUCCGUCUCUCCAGACCAUCCUCUGAGCCGGGAGCACCAGGUGUUGGGGCACCCCCACUCUCAGAUCCCUCUUGCUCCCCAGGGAUACCACCAUAGCUCCCCACAGGGCUACACCUCUUACCCUCAGCAAUCCUCCAUGCAGUACCAAGACCCCCUCAUGAUCUCCAGCGGGGACUGCUUGCCGGAGGAACCAAAGCCAAAACGCGGCAGACGCUCCUGGCCGAGGAAGAGAGUCGCCACGCACACGUGUGACUACGUUGGCUGUGGGAAAACAUACACAAAGAGCUCCCACCUCAAAGCACACCACCGCACACACACAGGGGAGAAGCCUUACCACUGUGACUGGGAGGGCUGCGGCUGGAAGUUUGCACGUUCGGACGAGCUGACGCGCCAUUACAGGAAGCACACGGGCCACCGGCCGUUUCAGUGUGCGAAGUGCGACCGGGCCUUCUCGAGGUCAGACCACCUGGCUCUGCAUAUGAAGAGACACCUAUGAGAUCCGGUUGGCGGAGCAGACUGGAUUGGCGAUGGGUGAAGGCUCCUGAAAAACAAAAAACAUUGGCACAAACCCAACAGACUCGUGACCUACACUUUUUUUUUAAACCUUAAAUUUCCCUCAAGCUAUUGUCAAGCAGCAGGACAAGCUGUGGUGUUCACGGCAAAGACCAUAACUCGCCUAUAACAGCCUAGAAUUUCUCACAAGACUGAUCCCGUCUUCUCACGUUGUGCCGGUGACUCGACGAGACCUCUCAGCCAGGGUUGUUAAAGCCUACGAAAGGGACCAAACUGGAAUUCGUCUUAUUUAACCGACAAAACUUGGAAGGACCAGGUGCCAACGACUUUUAACUGGAAAUGUAUUCUUUAGUCAGGGAAGCCAGAAGCAGCUGACACACGUCAUCAGAGGCCUUCUACCAGCAACAUGCCAUUUAUAGGAUCAGCUACACACUGUUCUAAAUACUGUAUUAAUAAAUACAUCUAUAUUUAUAUACACAUUUCACCUGCAAUGCCAUUAAUUUCAGGUACAAUGUUAAUUUAUACAGAAUGGUGCUCAGCGACUCUGGAGAAGGUUUUCUUUAAAGAAAAAAGGUACCAAAGAUAAAAGGAAAAAUAUACAAAUAGGUGAAAACUAUGAAAAAGUGCCAUAUUGUUGUUUGUGCGUUUCUCGGAAACCUCUUCCACAAUCUGACAUAAAUCAGGUGAACACUUCACUUUUGAAACGGUGAUGGCAAUCUUCAAUGCACUGCAAUUGCAAAGUGCAAUAAUUUAUAUGAGACAUUCAUAUUUUUGUAUGGAAUGAGUAACUCUGAACAAAGAUUUUUUUGUUUAUAGCCUAAAUAUGUAAUAUAAUCUUGAAUUUUGUACAUUUGUAAAUAAAAUUGCUUUGUUAUUGUUUUUGUAUUUUACAGUAUAGUAAAAUAAAAAUGUAUUUGAAAUAAGAAAACAAA